GCUCCAACUUUAGAAAAUGUUUGUCAAACUUUAUUUACAUUUCUUUAAUUUCAGAACUGAAUCAAUCAAUCAAUCAGUUUAUUGAAACGUCAUCAAAACAUCAAUAAACUUAAUAAACCAAUUAAAAUGAACUUUAUUUUGAUCAGAUGAUCUAUUUUAUAGUCGAUCCUCACCUCAGAUCAGCUGGUUCUGUUCUGGUUCUUCUGAAAGGUUCUGGUCUUCAAUUAGUCCAGGAUUUUGGAGGCUUCAGUUUUUCUUCUUCUCUCUUAAAGCAGGUUAAGUUAUAGUGUGUGUGUGUGUGUGUGUGUGUGUGUGUGUGUGUGUGUGUCUGUGGCGGGGGGUUGCGGGCAGGAGCGGGUCUGUGCGUGUCGCUCGCGUGGCUCUGCUCCUCCUCUGAUUGGCUGCCGCUGUCCGGCGGCACGCUUCUCCGUGCGGGGCGCUGCGGCGUCAUUAUGCAGAUGAGGCGGUUGGCACGGGGCCGACCUGCCGCUGGGGGGAAACCUGGGGGGGGUGGUCAUUGUCCGGCCCGGUAUAUAAGCGGGCUGAGGCCGGGCGUGUGCCAGGCUCACGAGCUGAUCCAGAGCAGCAGAGGCGCGUGCCAGCAGUCCUGAUCCAGACCCGGUUCUGCUGGGUCGGAACCAACAUUUCCUCAUCCCGCCAGAACCGAACCGAACCGAACCGAGAUGGACUCCGUGUUCUCCGACACCGACACCAGCUGCGACCUGUUCCCGCACACUGACGAUGAGGACAGCGUGCGGGGCGGCAGCAUGCGCGGCGCGUCCCCGCCGCCCGACCAGCCGCCGCCGCAGCAGCAGAAGAAGCGGCGGCGCGGCCGCGGCCGCAGCGACGCCAGCGCGCAGGUGGUGAAGAAGAGCCGGCGGCUGAAGGCCAACGACCGGGAGCGGAACCGCAUGCACAACCUGAACGACGCGCUGGACGCGCUGCGGGGCGUCCUGCCCGCAUUCCCUGACGAGACCAAACUCACCAAGAUCGAGACUCUGCGCUUUGCGCACAACUACAUCUGGGCUCUGUCCGAAACCAUCCGCAUCGCGGACCUGCAGGCGGGCCGCGGCGGGGAGCCGCCCCCGCUGCGGCCCGCCCCCAGCCCGGCCAGCGACGGCAGCGCCGGCCGCUGCUGGAGCUCCGGCGGCUCCUCGUCCUCCUCCUCCCCGGCCUACUGCGCCUCCAGCCCGGGCAGCCCCGUCGCGCCGGAUGACCUGCUGCCGCGGGACGCGCUGUUCGGCUUCCGUAGCUUCGCUACGGGCAUCUACUGAGGACACCUGGACACACCUGGAGACAGACCUGUCCCGCAGCGGAACCGCAGUUUGCCUUACUGAACUGAACUGGAUGAGAAGAACGUUCUUCCUCAUUUAUUUGUGUCUCAGUUUGUGUUUUACUCUAAAUAUCUUUGCACUUUCCCCCCUUAACCCCUCAGCAGUCAGGCCUCCUCCUCCUCCUCCUCCUCCUCCUCCUCCUCCUCCUCCUCCUCCUCCUCGAGGUGAAGAGUCAACUUUAUAAUUAGUAAAGCGCUGAAGCAGAAAACUGAGCGUGGAAAUCCAGUUUCUUCGCUCUGACAAAAGCUGAAAGGACCUGCCCCUCCCCCACCUGUUGUUUCUAUUUAUUUGCUUUCGUCACAUCAAAACUUGUAUUUUGUACAUAAACAGAUUUUUAUUCUAUUUACUGGAACUGUUUGUGGUUUUUCUACUGAAUGAAUAAAGUUUUAACGUUUCUAU